CAACAGACUUACGUUACCCAUGACCAUGGCACUUCUAGCUGCAGGCCUCCCCAAGUCGUCGAUGUCUCUCAGUCUGCUGAUGCAACAAUCCAUCUCGCUAUACUGCACAUGAUACGAUAGUUCCAAUGUUAGCAGCUUGUGAUAAUGGCUUGACAUGUUACCGUGCAAUAGAAAUCGUCACUUAUCGUUAAGCGGCGCUCACGUAUCCUUUUUUUUAAACUGUGAAAUGUCCAAGCGGCUCCGACAGAUGGGGCUGAUGUAGCAAUAAUUACACGUCUCUCACUGCUUGUCACCACACUGAAGUUCACCAGCCUCGACUCGAGACACACCAGCUCAGACUGCCAAAGAACAUUCCACUUUGUGGCACUUCGUACGGUUCCACAAUGCGUUUUAUGGUCGCGCCGCGUGUCGUUCGGCGCGGUGUCCGACGUUUCGCGCCACGUUAUUUUUUUCUUCCUCAAGGUGCUCGGUGGGAGCUUAUUCAGGAGCGUCGGCGAUCGUGCUGGAAAAGCACGCGGUACAAUCCUAAAACUCCGAUCGGAGCGCUGCGCUUGACGGCUGCGGAGAGCCCCACGAGGCACAACCGCGAAAAUCCUGCGCAGCGGCACCUCGACGUCGACGGACAACUGCACAAAAGUUGAGCGACAUCUGGCGGAAACAAACGCACUGUAGUAACAAACGGCAAAUGAGAUUAAAAAAAAAACCAGCGGAACGUCAGGACCACUGACGGACGGGGUUCAGGUCAGGAGGGAAUUACGCAAACCAACAAUGUUAAGUCCGGUAAUAACGCUUGCGAGACGGGGGAUGAUUGUGAACGGUCGGUCACGUGGGGCUGCCCCGGGGGGCGAGUGGGCCCCUCGCGGCGGCAGGUCCCCGAGGAGGAUGAACGACCCCGGCUGGAGAGGGGACAGAGAGGGCAUGGGGGCAGCGUGGCUCUUGGUGCUCCUGGCUGCCUUCGGCCUGAGUCAAGGGCAGACCCAAGGGAUAAACCAAUGUCUCUCAAACAACCCCCUCACCUGCAGGGAAUGCCUCAAGAUCGGGCCCAAGUGCUCCUACUGCUUCGAGGAGGGUUUCACGGAGAAGCGCUGCGACCUGCUGGAGAAUCUUCAGGCCAAGCGAUGCGGCCAGAUCACCAUGGUGCGCACGUCCUCCGAAGUGGUGAAGAGUUUGUCCACUUCGGAUAUGAUGAGCUCACGCUACGCCCAAGUGUCUCCGCAGUCCAUGAACAUCAAGAUGAGACCAGGGGACUCGCUCAAGUUUGACAUGCAGGUAAUUGAGCCCCUUAAGACGCCUGUCGACCUCUACUUCCUCAUGGACGACUCCAACUCCAUGAACGACGACUUGGACAACCUCAAGAAGCUGGGGAAACAGCUGGCUGGCGUCGUGCAGGAGCUCUCCGAGGAUUUCCACAUUGGCUUCGGCAAGUUCGUCGACAAGGUGGUGGCGCCGCAGACGGACAUGCGGCCGGAAAAGCUGAAGCAGCCGUGGGAGGACAGCGACCCCCCCUUCUCCUUCAAGAACGUCAUCCCGCUCACGGCCGACGUGCAGCACUUCCAGGACAAGCUGCAGGGCGAGCGGAUCUCGGGCAACCGCGACGCUCCCGAGGGCGGCUUCGAUGCCAUGCUGCAAGUGGCCGUGUGCACGAAGGAGAUCGGCUGGCGCAACCGCACCACCCACCUGCUGGUGUUCUCCACGGAGUCGGCCUUCCACUACGAGGCCGACGGGGCCAACGUCCUCGCGGGGAUCCUCAAGCGUAACGACGAGCAGUGCCACCUGACCCCCGACGGCGACUACACGGAGGGCGAGGCGCAGGACUACCCCUCCGUGCCCACGCUCGUGCGCCUUCUCGGCAAGAACAACAUCAUCCCCAUCUUUGCCGUCACGCAGCACGCCAUUGAGUGGUACACGAGUCUGGCGAAGUUCUUCCCGGACUCGACGUACGGAGAGCUCCAGGAAGACUCCUCCAACAUCAUCCAGCUUCUCCAGUCCUCCUUCAAGGCUUUGCGCUCCAAGCUGCAGCUGCAGGCCGAGGGGCUCCCGCGCUACCUCAAGGCCGAGUUCCUGCAGGUGGCGGCCGACGGCACGGAGAAGGACGCCAGCGUGGUGAACGCCACGCCGGGCCAGAUCGUGAACUACCGCGUGAAGCUGAUGGCGGACGAGCGUUAUAACGACCGGUCGCUGUGCGACAUGACACCCAGGGAGCGCAGCAACAUCAACUUCACGCUGAAGCCGGCGCGCUUCUACGACGGCCUCAACAUCAACGCGGAGAUCCUGUGCGACUGCCCGUGCGAGGCCACGCCGGUGUCGAACCCAAUGUGCAGUGGGAACGGACGCUUGACCUGCGGCCACUGCUACUGCAACGAUGGCUGGCUGGGCUCCAACUGCAACUGCAGCAAGCUGGGGACGUCGCAGUUGGUGAACGCGGCGUCGUGCACGCGGCCCGGCGACUCGGAGCCCUGCUCCAAGCGUGGCGACUGCGUGUGCGGCAGCUGCUUCUGCUGGCCGCGGCCCAACCCGCUGGAGAAGUACUACGGGCAGUACUGCGAGUGCGACAACUUCCAGUGCCCGCGCGCCAACGGCAUCAUCUGCAACGGUCGCGGCGACUGCAGCUGCGGGAAGUGUGAGUGCAGCCCCGGCUGGACGGGGGAGGCGUGCCAGUGCCCCCUGGGUGUGGAAACAUGCCGCGAUGGCCGCGGGGGAAUCUGUAACGGCCGAGGGACGUGCCGCUGCGGCGUGUGCGAGUGUGACAAGCAGCAGUUCAGUGGCUCCACCUGCGAGGUCUGCCUGAAGUGCCUGGGCCUGUGCGAGGACACGCGCUCCUGCGUGCAGUGCCAGGCUUGGGGCACCGGCGAGAAGAAGGGUGAUGAGUGCGGACGAUGCUCCCCGCAAACCGUCAUGGUCGACGAGCUCAAAGGAGCCAACUCGGUGCUCGAGGUGUGCAAGUUCAAGGACGAGGAGGACGGCUGCGUGUACCACUAUACGGUGGAGAACUCCCCGGACGACCGCAGCGAGUACAGGAUCGAGACGCUCAAGAAGAAGGAGUGCCCGGCGGCUGGCUUCCUGUGGCUCAUCCCCCUCAUCAUGUUGCUCAUUCCGCUGCUCGGCCUCCUCGCCUUCCUGUGCUGGAAGUGCUGCGUCGGCGGCUUCGCCUGCUGCAAGGGAUACCAGAAGGUCCCGAUUGGAGCCUGGACUAAAGGUCGCACGGUGGGCUGGACGGAGGACCAGUACCUGUUCCACCAGAACGCGCUGACGGCCGACUACGUGGACACGCCGCUGGCCCGCGCCGGGCCCCUGGGCGGCCCCGACAUCGUCAAGUGGAAGGUGACGGACAACGUCCACAAGCCGGCGGCCACCAUCCCGCCUCUCAGCAUGCAGGAGACAGUGUACCAUGGCAUCACCCUUCGUCUGGCGCGGCUCAUGAAUGAUAACCUGGCGCAGCCAGGAACUCCGGAGAACAAGACCCUCAUCAAGGAGGUGGAGCAAAAUCUGAACACGGUGUACGGCAACGUCAUCGGAACGCAGACCGUCCGCAACACGGUGCUGAGAUUGCAGCCGAAUGCUGGAAAAAGGGACAGGAACGUGGUGGUGGACACGGUGCUGCCGGCGCCGCGCUCGGCCCUCCGAGAGAUCAUGGAGACCACGGAGAAGCAGGUUAACCUGGGCGCCUUCAGCAAGGUGCCCGUCGUGCCGGGCUUCUACACUGUGGCCACCGAUCGCGACGCCCACGGCGAGGUGGAGUACCAGGAGGGCGUGGACACGCAGGACGUGCGCGUGCCGCUCUUCGUCAAGGAGGAGGACGACAUGGAGAAGAAGCUGCUGGUGGAGGCCACGAGUGUCCCCGAGGGGCUGGCGCGCAUCACGCGCCGCAACGUGCACAUCACCAUCAUCAAGGACAUGGCCAAGAGCAUCGUGAGCUUCGUGCAGCCGGCGUACACCAUCCGAAAUGCCGUCUCCAAGGUGGUGGUGCCCGUGGACCGCAACAUCCUGGAGGAGAGCCCCGCCCAGAUCAAGUACCAGACCCACGACCUCUCGGCCAUCGCCCGGCAGGACUACGAGCCCACGGAGGGAGUCCUCAAGUUCACUCCGACGGAGAAGGACAAGGAGAUCUCCAUUCCGAUCCUGCCGGCGCGAAGCUCCCCGUCCCAGCUCUACGCCCAGCCGCGCCAGUUCGAGGUGGAGCUCUUCGACCCCAAGCUGGGCGCUCGCAUCGGCCGCUACAAGCGCUCAAUCAUCACGCUCCUGGAUGACCGCGACCCCGGCCUGCUGGAGUUCUCCAAGACCUCGCAGGUGCACAAGCAGGGCCAGGCGGAGAUCCACGUGCCGGUGGUGCGCACGCGCGGCCACGACGGCGACGUGCGUGUCAAGUGGAAGACGCUGCCCUCGCUGCCGUCGCGCCCCUCCGCCUACCAGAACAUGUCGGGCGAGCUGGCGAUGCCCGACGGCGAGAUCCAAAAGAGCAUCACCAUCCCGUACCGCCAGCCCGUCGACCCGACGCGCGACGACAACUUCCAGGUGGUGAUGUACGAGCCGUCGGGCGGCGUGGCGCUGGGCCAGCGCAAGGAGACCGUGGUCACCGUCAGCGCGCACGGGCAAGAAGUCAUCGUGCCGGAGAGCAUGCAGAAGUCGCACAUGGACAUGUCCGGCCCGGAGAACGUGCAGGCCGAGGCUCUGAAUGGGAAAACGAUCCAGAUCAACUGGACGCCACCGCCCGGAGCCACCGUUAACGGAUACAAGGUUCGCUACUGGAUCGACGGGGAGGACGAGGGCGACGGGCAGCUGGUAGAGACCAAGACGACGGAGGUGCAGCUCACGAGCCUCUACGCGUACUGCGACUACCUGAUGUGCGUCUACGCCAUCACCCCACGCGGCCUGGGGCCCGCGUCGGAAGUGGUGACCUGCCGCACGCUAGAGGAAGUUCCAGGUGAGCCGGGCCGCCUGGCCUUCACCAUCGUGUCGGCCACCACGCUGCAGCUGAGCUGGGGGGAGCCACCCGAGACCAACGGCCUCAUCACGGGCUACGAGGCGUCGUACACGCCCAUCAGCGAGGACGGACGGUCCAUCGGGCAGACCAAGCGCGUGGAGGUGCAGGGCAACAAGCGGCGCGUGAUGCUCAUCGAGAACCUGCGGCCCAUGGUGCCGUACCGCUACCUGGUGCGGGCGCGCAACAGCGCCGGCUGGGGGCCGCCCCGCGAGUCCACCUUGAACAUCGCCAACCAGUCCACGCGGCCCCUUUCCAUCCCCAUCAUCCCGGACGUGCCCAUCGUGGACGCCCAGGGCCCCGACGACUACGCGGGCUUCUACAUGUACGGCGCCAUGGAGGGCGGCGGCAAGGCGCUGCCCAGCACCUCCGACGACUCCUACAGCUACUCUACGCUGCCCUCGAAGCAGGGCCAGAGAGGCGGCAGUUCGAUGACCACGAGCACGACGAUCCACCAGAGCCACCACCACCAGACCAUGCUGGGCACGCUGGAGCUGCCGGGCAUGUCGGGCGGCUCGCAGCACAUGCACACGCUCACGCGGAGCACGCACGGUGGCUCCUCAACGCUCGGCGACGCCUACGGCUGGGAUUACUCGGCCGGCGCUUGGAGCCAGCGCGGAGCCUCGAGCUACGACGAGCUGGACGCACGGGAGCUAGGGAGCGUCGUCAUGGAGACAUCGGCUAGCCAAGUGUCCACUGUGCUGCACGAGUCAGCGGUGUCCUACCACAGCCUGCAGCAGACGAGCCACGGGGCCGGCGUCUCGAUGGCCGGCUCGCGCAACCGCACACAGUCGGAGGAGGCGCAGGAGGUGCUGCACCAGCUGGACUUAGCCCUGCAGCCCUCUCCCCGCAGCCCCGCCAUUCUCGGCACGCCCGGAAUCCCCGAGGCUCCCGGCCGCCUCGUCUUCUCGGCCACCGGCCCCACGUCCCUCCGCGUCAACUGGCAAAAGCCGCAGAGCGACACCCAAGUGAUGGGCUACCGCGUGACGUACCAGCCCCUCUCUGGAGGCUCCCCGCGGAACGUGGAGAUCGCCGAUCCCAACCAGGUGACCGUCACGGUGGACCAGCUGCUGCCCAACGAGGCGUACCUCUUCAAGGUGAUGGCGUGCAGCGACAAGGGCUGGGGCCCGGAGCGCGAGGGCGUCAUCACCAUCGAGUCGCAGGUCAACCCGGCCAGCCCGCACAUCCCCAUUCCAGGCUCACCGUUCACUCUGAGCACGCCAAACGCGCCGGGCCCGCUGGUGUUCACGGCGCUCACUCCGUCCUCGCUGCAGCUCAAGUGGGAGAAGCCGAUGAAGCCCCAGGGCCCCAUCCAGGGCUACGUGGUGUCAUGCGAGCCCGUCCACCCCAUCGCGGGCAGCGUGGGCGAGCCACGCAUCUUCACCAUCGACGACCAGGAUGAGACGAGCCUGGUGGUGAAUGACCUCCUGGAGAACGUGCCCUACAAGUUCAAAGUGAAGACCAAGACCAGCCAGGGCUACGGGCCCGAGAGAGAGGGCAUCAUCACCAUCGAGUCUCAGAAUGGUUUCCAGCAGGACUUCUCCGGCGGGAUGGACGUGAUGAUGCACCCGUCUUCCUCCCAGCAAUUUGUGUCCCAGUCCAGCAGCAUGCAGAGCGAGGUGUUCGACUUCCCUGGGGAGAUGAUGCCAGGACUCAUGGGUGUCACGCAGAUGGUGGGUCAGACAGGCAUCAUCACCAAGAAGGUCACCACCGUCACCAAGACAACCAAAAUGGACUCGGGCACCGUGUCCAAGCAGGGAGAUAUGAGGUUCUAGGGGGCGAGCACUUACGACCCCUGAACUCCCGACGCACACACGCACACUCACACGCACCCGUGCAUCCCUUCCUCAUUCAUGCACGCCAGCACUGGUUAAAAUGAGCUUGCAUCUACAAUAAUUGAAUAGCAGCGUCGGUCCGUGUGUAUCUUUGUGCCUCCGUGUUGGUGUUUGAUAUUUUUCAGAUGUCAAAAUGUCAAGUCCUCUUGUUUCCAGUGCGCGGUAAUUGUUGAUAAUGAUGCGAAUGCAGUACAGCGGUGGUUAUUAUUUCAUGCAUGCGGGUUUUCGACUCGGACAAGUUCUUAUAUUUUAUUUUGUAUUUGCUUGUUUUGUUCCGUUUUUUGUUGGGGUUGUUACGUUAUUUUAUCGUGCUCUUUUUAAGUAAAUAUAACAUUUCUGGAAUUUUAGCGAACGAAUAAUCGAGUCUUACUAACGGUGCCUUGUUUUCCAUGGACGUUACAAAAUGCAAGUUCUACAGUAGCUGUCUGGGGGCUUACACUCGAGGUUCGCUUGGCUGUGCUUCUCGUAGGCUUGUGUGCACUUUACGUGAGCGGUGGUCGUCGUGGGCUGACAGGGCCCCUGUGUGCGACAGCAGCGUGCACAUGAAAGGCGGACGCAGGACAGGGCCCGACAGGGCGCGGGGAUAUUUCCGCAGCAUUUUCAUUCCUUUAUCCGUGAGAACAAGAUAACAUUUCAUAGGUUCGCAUGGUGCGCCUUGCCUGUGAGACCUAAUUUAAUAUUUUACAAACCUUUAGUGCCCUUGGGAAGAACGCUCAUUAUGAAAUGGCUUCGUUAUUCACCAAGUUUUUACUUUUUAAGGUAAGUUUCGUGCCAAACGAACAUUGUGGAAGAUGCAUAGCACUCAUAAUAAGGUCCAGAAAUCAAUAAUACAUUUCUAUAUAUAUAAUAUUCUUGGAACAAUGUGUGUUGCUUCAAGAGCUUAAGAAGCGUACAUAAUGGUACGAAAGCUUUAUACUCUUAAUACUUGUACAAUUUGCAAAUAAAUACUGACACCCCAUUGGGUCACUAUUUCCGAAUGGGGCUUGGUGUGGCUCAUGGCUGUCCUUGAGAAAUCAACACUGUGAACGGCAUGGGUAGAUGUCACGAGCCUGUUUACUCACGCAGGAAAGAGACCUGGUCAAGUUGUUUACAAACUACAUUUGUUAACCGCGCGAGUUUGUUGAACAACGUGAGCACGUGCCUCAGUAAUUGUACAGUUACAAAAUGCCCCAUUGGCAUCGAGAUGAUAAUGGCUCGGUUUGUAAGUUAACAGCAUUUAACAUCAA